CCCUGAGAACUUCUUUCCGCGCCGCUCUCUGUCCCGAGUGGCCGGAAACCCCAAGUCUUUGCUCGCCGUUCUGGUCCCACUGGUCCAUUCAGCCGUCUCUCGUUCGGGCUGCCCCCCAGCUUCCAUUUCCCUUAUCCACCUUCCCCGUGUGCCCCGUGUCCGCCUCGGCCCCAUGGCGCUGCAGGCGCUGCAGAGCUCGGGGGUGGCCUUCCGCAAGAUCUUGUCUCACUUCCCCGAGGAGCUGAGCCUGGCUUUCGCCUACGGCUCCGGGGUGUACCGCCAGGCGGGGCCCAAUUCAGACCAGAAGAAUGCUAUGCUGGACUUUGUGUUCACAGUAGAUGACCCUGUUGCAUGGCACUCAAAGAACCUAAAGAAGAAUUGGAGCCACUACUCUUUCUUAAAGCUGUUGGGACCCAAGGUCAUCACAUCUGUUCAGAAUAACUAUGGUGCUGGGGUUUACUACAACCCAUUGAUCAUGUGCGACGGGAGACUUAUCAAAUAUGGGGUUAUUAGCACUAGUAUUCUGAUCGAAGAUCUCCUCAGUUGGAAUAACUUAUACAUUGCUGGACGCCUCCAAAAACCGGUGAAAAUUGUGGCAAUGAAUGAGAAUGCCACUCUCAGAUCAGCCCUCGAUAAAAAUCUGAAGAGUGCUUUGACUGCUGCUUUCCUCAUGCUUCCCGAGAGCUUUUCUGAAGAAGAUCUCUUUCUAGAGAUUGCCGGACUGUCCUAUUCAGGUGACUUCCGGAUGGUGGUUGGAGAGGAAAAGACAAAAGUGUUGAAUAUUGUGAAGCCCAACGUAGCCCACUUCCGAGAGCUCUAUGGCAGUAUACUGCGGGACAGUCCCCAAGUGGUAUACAAAACCCAGCAAGGCAGACUAGAGAUAGAUAAAAGCCCAGAAGGACAAUUCACUCAGCUAAUGACAUUGCCCAGAACCUUACAGCAACAAAUAAAUCACAUUAUGGACCCUCCUGGGAAAAACAGAGAUGUGGAAGAAACCUUACUCCAAGUUGCUUAUGACCCUGACUGUGGCAGUGUGGUACGGCUAGGGAGAUCAAGAGAGAGAUUGCCUCUGGGAGGAAGAAAAGCACUAACAAUUUUGGGUUAAUGUUCACUUGUUUGAAGCAAGGUUGUGGGAAUACAUUUUUUCACAUUUCCAUAUCCUAAAUCACUGUCAAAAGGAGAAACAAUGCUUCUUUUUGUUUCAAGAGCAUAACUUCCAGAAGUUGCUUAAAAGAUGUGUCUGUGUUCUUUGUGGUGGUCUGAGAAGGAAGAAGACUGGUGACGUUUUUAAUGAUUUCAUGACAUCAGGAGCACAGCUCUCUCCAGCCAAGUCCCAUUUGAUAUAUCUUAGACUGUACAGCAGGUUUUCUUUAACAUGGCCUGUGUUCCAGAGCAUUCUCCCAGGGGCCUCCCCAGUGUUUAUCAAAUAAUGUAAGGGUUGGGGUGUGGCUCAAGUGCUAGAGCGCCUGUCUUGCAAGCACAAGGCCCUGAGUUCAAA